AUGGCCGACGUCAAGGCCCCCUACAUCCCUCAAUAUGCCUCGUACAACUGGACCGGUGCUCCCUCCGACUAUGCCAACCUGGCCACCAACGAACUCGGCGGUGACUCCCGCGUCGAAAACCUAAACAAAUGGUAUCAAUCCGGUGAUCAGGCCUACAUCAUCAUCUCCGCCGCCAUGGUCAUGUGUAUGGUCCCCGGCCUCGGUUUCCUCUACUCCGGUCUCGCCCGUCGAAAGUCCGCCCUCAGCAUGAUCUGGGCCUGUAUGGCCUCCCUCUCCGUCGUCACCUUCCAGUGGUACUUCUGGGGCUACUCCCUCGCCUUCUCCCCCUCCGCCACCAACGGCUACAUCGGCGAUCUGCAGCACUUUGGUCUCAUGAAGACUUUGGGCGCUCCCAGUCCGGGUUCCGCCCUGGUUCCCACCUUGCUCUACGCUUUUUAUCAGAUGCAAUUCUGCGCCGUCACCGCUGCCCUCGUCAUGGGCUCCGUCGCCGAACGCGGCCGUCUCCUCCCCGCCAUGGUCUUCAUCUUCGUCUGGGCCACCAUCGUCUACUGUCCCAUGGCCUGUUGGGUGUGGAACGUCAACGGCUGGGCCUACAACUACGGGGUGCUGGAUUACGCCGGCGGUGGCCCCGUUGAGAUCUGCUCCGGUAUGACCGCCCUGGCCUAUUCGAUGGUCUUGGGUCGUCGCCAGGAACGCAUGAUGCUCAACUUCCGCCCCCACAACGUCUCCCUCAUCGUGCUGGGUACCGUCUUCCUCUGGUUCGGCUGGCUCGGGUUCAACGGCGGCUCCGCCUUUGGCGCCAACCUGCGCGCUGCCAUGGCCUGCUGGAACACCAACCUGACCGCCGCCUUCGCCGCCAUGGCCUGGGUGAUUCUCGACUGGCGUCUGGCUCGCAAGUGGUCCAUGGUCGGCUGGUGUUCCGGCACCAUCUCGGGGUUGGUUGCUGCCACCCCGGCUUCGGGUUUCAUCACUCCGUGGGCGAGUGUUAUCCUGGGUGUUGUUACUGGCAUUGUUUGUAACUAUGCCACCAAGGUGAAAUUCUGGAUCCGCAUCGAUGAUUCCAUGGAUGUGUUCGCCGAACACGGCGUCGCCGGCAUCGUCGGUCUGAUCUUCAACGCCCUCUUCGCCGACGACGCCAUCGUCGGUCUGGACGGCGUCAACACCGGGUCCGGCACCGGAGGCUGGGUGAUCCACAACUACAAGCAACUGUACAUCCAGAUCGCCUUCAUCGUGGCCUCGUGCGCCUACGCCUUUGUCGUCUCCGCCAUCAUCGCCUACGCCAUCAACGCCAUUCCUGGGUUGAAGCUGCGCGCGUCCGAGGAGGCUGAAUUGCUGGGCAUGGACGACGACCAGCUGGGCGAGUUCGCCUACGAUUACGUCGAGGUCCGUCGUGACUACCUGGCCUGGACGCCGCAGAAGCAGGAGCAGCUCGAGGACGGCCACCACAUCCCGGCUGCCGCCCGCUACGGCAUCGGCGAGCACAGCUCGAUGAUGCUCGACGGACACCCGCCGGUCGGCUUCCACAGCCGGGCGUGCAGCUCCGGUGAUUCCCAGAUCCAGGAGGUGAAGAUCAUGCCGCCUCAACCGCAGCCUCCUGUCCAGCCUGUUCAGCCGCCGCCUGUCCAGCCUGCUAUGCCGGAGAAGACGGAGUGA